UAUCACUAAUCUCUAAUUUCUACAUUCUUAAAUAGUAAUUUUCAUAUUGUUUAGAAGCAUAUGAAAAAUAGAAAGCCAAAAAUGGGAAACACGAAGCUAAAAUGGACUCCAGAAGAAGAAAAGGCACUCAGAGAAGGCGUAAACAAACAUGGCGUCAGUAAAUGGAAAGUCAUUCUCAAAGAUUCUCAAUUCCGCCAUAUUCUCCGUUCUCGUUCCAACAUCGAUCUCAAGGACAAAUGGAGGAAUAUGAAUCAUGCUAAAUCAAGGCGAAAGCCAAAUCCAAAAUCGACUAUUCAAGAUCAGAAACCUUCGGAGGUAGAGGUACUGGCUGAAGCCGAGGCUGGGGCCGGGUUCAAGAUCGAGAACGAGGAAGAUGUUUUUCCAUCAUUGCAUGUAAUAGAAGAAGAAAUAAUAGCCGGCUUGAUAGCUGAUUUAGAAAAGUACGACCCAGAACAUGCAGAGUAUUGUAAGGAUCUACAAAAGUUAUUAGAGAAUGAUGAAAAAGCAGAUGAAAUUCUAGCUUAUGCAACCGAGAUCAUGGACCGACCACUUGAAGAUUAUGAGUUUAGUGACUUAGUGAUUUGAGUAGUGCAUCUAUGACCUAUUUGUUUAACGUA